AUGUAUAAUGAGAUAAAAGGAAAUUACGAUGAAGUCGCCGUUAGUACGUUCAAAAGGGGCCUGCCGACAGAACAUGGCUUAAGAAAGUCCCUCACUGGGAAGCUAGUCACCAGCGUGCGCCAACUCAUAGACAGAAUUGACAAGUACAAAAGGGUCGAUGAGGACCAGCAGAUGGGGAAGGGUAAAGCGAAGGUUGUCCCUCAGGAGAGGAGGGACUUUAGGUUGAACCGCUUUAAUAGCAGUAACAAGCCGAGAAAAGACUACGCGAAACAGUCCGGACCUACUGGGGCUCAGGCAGUCCAUGCUGUAUUCCGAGAACCAUUGCACAAGAUCCUAAAGAAGGUGAAGUGCGAACCUUUCUUUCAAUGGCCGAACAGGAUGGCAGGCGACCCCUCAAAACGCAAUCAGAAUCUGUACUGCGCGUACCACCAGGAGCCAGGUCACACCACCGAUGAUUGCAGGAAUCUGAAAAACCAUUUGGAUCGGCUUGUCUGA